CCCUCCCCGCGCAGGUCCCGACUCCCGCCGCACCUCCUCCGGCUCUGCAGUGGCGGCGGGGAGGCGAGUCGGAGAGCCAGCGGGGCCAGGGCCGGAGCCGAGCCGGGGUCGGGGCAGCAGCGGGGACCCUCGGAGGCGGGGCCAGUGGGACUGCGAUGGGCGUGGAGAUCGAGACCAUCUCCCCGGGAGACGGAAGGACAUUCCCCAAGAAGGGACAGACGUGUGUGGUGCACUACACAGGAAUGCUCCAAAAUGGGAAGAAAUUUGAUUCAUCCAGAGACAGAAACAAACCUUUCAAGUUCAGAAUUGGCAAACAGGAAGUCAUCAAGGGUUUUGAAGAGGGUGCAGCCCAGCCCUGUCUGGCUCGGGAGAAGGGCUCGGCUUUGGCAGAGACCAGAGGGAGGGCGUGUGCUUAUGGCUGGGAUUAUCUGCCUGCCAGAGGAGAAUGCUGGAAGGUCACUGGGAGUGGAAGCUGGACCUUGCUCAUGGAUUCGGAGCUGCUGCUUGUGUAAGUUUUCCUUGCCACCUCCUCUCUUCACCUCACCAGCUUCCUUCGGCGGGGAGAAAGGGAAGUGUGAAGAGCAACAAACUGCAGGCAGCAGAUGGCCAUGUGCUUGUCAGUGGGGGCAGUGGGCACAGGUCCCACUCAGCUUAUGCUCCCAGUGUGAUAAAGAUGGACCCUUCCAUCUGUGUUCUAGCCACCCAGUGCCAACUGUGGAAUAAGGUUUAAGACUGUGGGCUGCCUCUCCGUCUGCCAUAGUCCCUGCAGAGGGUCAAGAAAAGGUAGCAGGCCAUGGGAAGGGGAGGUACCUCUUUAAAUGUGACCUAGGAUGUGGCUACAGUCUUGGGCCCCGGUCACAGUUUAUGCUUCCUAUAAAAGGGUUAGGAAGAGAUACAGGGUGCUGGGGCGGUGGGAGGGUGCCGGUGUCACUGAAUGCUUACAGGCUGUCAGGCUACAGAGGGAUUUUGUAAUAGUCCUUACUCUCUGGGGAUAGUCUAACAACUUUUGGACCUCUUUAAGUUUUCUUUUUUUUAAGUUUAUUUAUU